UAUCCUGCCAGCUGCAUCUCAACCAAAAAAGAGGCAGUAAAAAGCUACUAGAACCCCUGCAUCAGCACCGGUCGGGAAACUACCGUAGAUAAUACGGUGGCUGGUCAAUGAAUGGCAUGGUUGAAGAACUAAACCGGUGAACGACCGUGUAAUUGCAUUACUGUGCUGAGGACGCUCCCAGUCUAUUGCCUGCAAACUGCUGGUAGUCCAAGCCAUGUUGUGGUUGUGGCCCCUGCUCCCUGCCCUGGUGCUCUUUUCUGUGUUGUCUGUGGUUCGAGUACAGACUGCACCAUGCCAGACCUGCCGCAAGCUCACUGACAGCUUCAUCAAGGGACUGGAUAAAACAUCCAAUAAGAAUUUUGGGGGUGGCAACACUGCUUGGGAGGAGGAAAAUCUGGCUAAAUAUGCUCGCAGUGAAACCAGGUUGCUGGAGAUAGUYGAGGCAGCGUGUGAGAAAUCUGACUUUGACUGUAACAAACUGCUGGAGCAGAUAGAGGACCAAGUGGAGACAUGGUGGUUCCACCGGGCCGUGGAGCGAUGGGCAGCAAGAGGCCCAGACCUAUUUGAGUGGUUGUGUAUAGAGGAGCUCCGCCUGCUGUCCCCCGGGACGUUUUGGACCAAGAACUGCAAAGAGUGUCUGUCUGGUCCUGGAGGGGUGUGUGGUGGUCUGGGCCGCUGUGAGGGAGAGGGCACGCGUCUGGGAGAUGGAGAGUGCGUGUGUGACCCGGGGUACUUCGGUCAGCUGUGUCAGAGCUGUGCAGACGGCUAUUACAGAGAGAAGAGCUCCAAUCACAGCACACCAGCCUGCGCAGCAUGCUACCGCUCUUGUAAAAAGUGCUCGGGGCCAGAGAACUACAAAUGUCUGGAAUGCAAACCUGGGUGGCUCUUCCAUGACAACAAGUGUGUUGACASUGACGAGUGUGGCACAGAGCUGGCUCGAUGUUCCUCCAACACCUAUUGCCACAACACAGAUGGAUCGUACGAGUGCAGAGGCUGUGACCAGGCAUGUGUGGGCUGUAUGGGCAGUGGUCCAGCCCGCUGUAAGAAAUGUGCUCGGGGAUACAAGCUCAGAGGWGCCAAAUGUCUCGAUGUGGAUGAGUGUAGUGAGCGGGCGAUAGCAUGUCCAGGGCUGAAUGAGGCGUGUUUCAAUGACGAGGGGUCCUUCCGCUGUGAAUGUGCUGACGGCUUCAUUCGUAGAGACAGCAUCUGUGUGGAGAACCAGCCGCUGAGUGGUCCAGAGAAGGGUCUGUUUGAUGACAUGACUGARGACGAGGUCCUGGUCCUGCAGCAGAUGUUCUUUGGCGUGGUCAUCUGUGCCCUAGCAACGCUCGCCGCCAAGGGCGACAUGGUCUUUACCGCCAUCUUCAUCGGGGGCGUGGCCGCCAUGGCCGGAUACUGGCUGUCAGAGAAGGGCGACCGCAUGCUGGACGGCUUCCUAAAGGGACGCUAGCKUAUCAGGAGCUAGGGAUACAGGAAAGAGGAAGGAACUCUUGAAUGCAAGCCAAUGAGGGCGACAWAGACUGAGGGGUGGGACGGCUACAGGAAUGCUAGCCAAUCAGGGAUGUACUAUACUACUUUGGGGGUGUUGGCUUGGGAUGAUUGUGGGUCUUCUGGAUUGUGAACCUUUAAGAUGAUYGAGGGAGAUGAAUAAGAGACCUUGGAGCUUAGUCAAAUUAGAGAGCUCAAUGGAGGAAUGAAUACAGAAGACCGGGUACUACUUGAUCCAAGAACACUGAAAAGACACUAAGGACACUGGACUGUCUUUCUGCACUGAUAAGGGAGACCAAAACACAAGCCUCUUGCCUCAACUCAUGGGGUAGAAAAGCGAGGGAGUGCAGGUCGGAUAAGACCACUACUGAUUGUUACCAAGUUAUUAUGCAUUUGUAUCUUCUACUGGGAAAAAUAUUGCUCCGAAAUGAUGUCUGUCCAUUUCCACGCAUCCCAACCCAAACUUCUUAGCUACCCCUCUUACCUCAUCAGUAUUCUACUGUUCCAUCAUUUCACCUUAUACUGAGGAACAGAGGUGUUUCCCUGGUAAUGGAAGGUGCUUUGGGAUGGUCAGUGGGGUGUUGAAGCACUAAAGACUGCUGCUAUAGUGGACAUGGGAAAUGUUUAGGAAAGGACAGAUGUGUCCUGUUGCACCAGUGAAAUUAUGUCCAACGUUAUAACACUAUUUAUAAUCGCGUCCCUAUUAUGACUGUGUGUUUUUGCACAAACUUAUUCUUACUGUAUGAAUGCAUGAGAAAGGUGAUUACUGUAUGUAUUUAUUAUCCUGAUAGGCAUGAAAGACUGAGCUUUAUAGAGCUGCUUGUUUCCCCCUUAAACUGUUCAACCAGGAUACAAGGAUCAUCACUUCUGUUCACCACCCCAAACCCUACUGCCUGAGCAGUGUGCAUGAGAUAUCAAGAGUAAAAGGCAGCAGUCCUAGUGAAGAUGUCACCCAUUUUUGUUUGCAAUAAUUAUUUCUGAACAUCU